GUCCUCAUGUCUUCUAUGUCUCAACCCCGCGGUCCUGGUUCGUACCACCAAGGAGCUUGCAAAACAUGCCAAAAAGCGAAAACCAAAUGUUCACCACCCUCUCAAGCAGGCAAGUGCGGAAGAUGCGAACGUCUAGGAAAAGAGUGUGUGAUUGAGGCCACGGGCCAAGCCAAAAGGUUAAACAGCGGCAAAGCCCUCAUCGGACAAAGCCCAUCUUCGCCCAAAUCCCCUGCGACGUCGUACCACGCCUCGAUAAUGACGUCAAAUCCCCCACCUUCGUAUACACCACAGUCAUUUUCACAAGCUGUACACGACGGAACAGUUGUGGCAUUGAAUCGUUACCAGAACCCAAGUUCCCAUCUGAGCGCUCUUCGUUUGGUUCCGAUCCUUCUGGACAUCGUAGCGGUUGAGCUCCACGACCUCGAGCUUAACAAGAGCAUUGAAUGGGCAGUCAAAUUCUUCGACGGAGUGUUUGAUGCGGAAGUAUUCCGAACUCUUUUGAAUGGCGCUGCGCGGCGAUCGGAACCCUCCGGUCCUUACCUUGUCCAAUUGUGUCAUUGGGCUUUAAUUGUACGCCAACCCGGUAUAUACUGGAAGUUGGAUGUGGGGCGUGCUGAGGCAUUUAUGUCAAAAAUUUUUGGAGCAUGGUUUGUCGAAGUGCAGAGGCCAACCUUAUGGACUCUCAUGGCGGCCAUUGUUCUCUUGGACCAUUUACAAACUGUAGGAGACCACAGAAGUGGAUAUCUGAAAGUGUUGGCACAUGAAAUGGUAGGCGAUCCAUCUCGUUUUGACUUCGGGUCAUCGGAUGGCCAGAGUCACAAGAUCGGCAAACUUUUCUCCAUCCUUUGUUCGCGAUUCCCGAACGGCAAUUCUCGGUCGAAUCGUACGACAAACCAGGAGGCACAGGAGGUGUCGGGCGUCGGGCGCAACAGUGCAGAACACCGUCCUAUGCCGCUCCACCCCGUAGAUGGUUGUCAAAACAUCCAACAGGCAAUCCAGGGCGAUGGCCGCGACACCCCGCCCGAUAAGCCUGGAGAUCUGACCUCGGACGUGACAGGUAUUAAUCAAGUAGACCAUUUACUGGGUGCCCCAAUAUUCACCCCCUAUUAUGGCCACCCCCCCUGGGAUCCCACAAUCUUUCUCCCAGAUCAAGACAAUACUGUAAAUGAGGAUGGUGUCGCCCAGGCACAAACAACGGAGGGAUGGGAUUUCUGGCAGAAAUUGAUUUAACGUAUGGGCAUAUUCAUAUGCCAAACCAAUUAUCUGUUUAGUCUUGUAGCAAACGUGUCUUGUGUGUCAUUCGGUUUUGGGUUUCAAGGAUAGUUUUUAUUUCG